UCUCCAUCACCUUUUUUUCCCACAAGCACCAUGUUCCGAUCCUCUUCCGCCACGGCGACCACCGUAAACGGGUUCUACAACUCCCUAACACAAGGCCUGGAUGAUCUUUUCCGAUCAUUCCACUCACACAACUUCAUGUCAAUCCAUUUUCUUCAACAUGUCCUCUCUUGCCUCCAAUCUUUCCAUUCUCAGCUCAUUGCUGUCGUCCAGAAACUCCACCUGCCCGUCGGCGAAAAGUGGCUCGACGAGUAUAUGGACGAAAGCGCCCGCUUAUGGGAAGUUUGUCAUGUCAUCAAAUCCGGCAUCGCCAACAUGGAAAACUACUAUUCUACCGCCGUUACCAUCGCUGCUACCCUCGAAAACCAUGCCUAUAUAAACCCGCAAAUUUCACGUCAGGUUCUUAGAGCGAUCAAUGGGUGCCAGAGGGAGAGAGUGGGAUUAGAGGAAGAAAACAGGGGAUUGAUCAGAACAAGAAUUCAACCAUUAAUGAUGAGAUUCGAUAAAAACGUGUUGAUCGAAUCGAAAUUCAAUGGUUUCAACGGGUUCAGAGGCGUUCUUUUCGCAUUGCGCAACACGAAUUCGCUGCUUUUGAUGAUAUUGUUAAGUGGUUUGGUGUACUGCUCCCCUGUUACAAGCUUUUCAUCAUCAUCUUGUCAUGGGCAUACCGCGAUGAAUUACAACGAAAACAAAUCGGGUUUCAUGGUUUCCGCUUCAAGAUUACACGAGAAAGUGAUGGAGAAUGAAGAUGGGCAGAAUGGUGUGUUGCUUUACGAGUUUUGGAACGCGAAAACCGCCAUUGAUGAGCUGAAAACAGAGGUGGAAAGAAGUAGAGGGACCGGAAUGGAGUUUGAUAUAAGUGAGAGGGUUGAAAAGUUAAAAAGUUGUUUUGUGGGGUUGCAAUGUGGAGUUGAGAAUAUGAUUGUUCAACUUGAUGACUUUUUUGAUGAGAUUGUGGAAGCUAGGAAGAAGCUUUCUGAUUUGUGUACUCAUGGUUAGGGAUAUAAUAUAAGACUUGCCUUUUUGGUUCAAACAAGGGUUUGAGUCUUGUCUUGGUGGUUCGGGUUAGGUAGGGACCAUGGGUUCGUUCGGGUUUCACUCAUCUAGCUAGUUAGGAUUCGCGGGGUCGAGUCUUUUUUACCUUUAAUGGUAGUAGGACAUGUGGGUUCGGCUCUCGUACUUUUUACAGGUUUUGCUUUGACUAGUAUGAACUUGUAGGUUCGAGUUUACUCAUUUUGUCGAUAAGAGAUCGAGGUUAGAUUUGUGUAUAAAGGAAAGAAAAUCAAAAUAGACUGUGGGUAGGUUUUCUUUUUGUUUUUAUAAUAAAAUUUCUUUUUGUUGGUUA